AUGGGAUGCACAUGUAGCAGUAAAAAAGAUUAAUCUCCUUAGAAGACAACCAAAUCAACACAAUCUACUUCAAAUCAACUAUUUCUUCUCGUUGAAACAAAAAUGUAUAAAAUCUAUAGACCUAAUCAAAAAUUGUAGAAUGUAAGUAUAUUUUCAAAAAAUAUAGAUAUCUAAUAGUACAAUAUUAAAAAGAAGAAGAAUAAAAAUGGAAAUAAAGGAUCUCGAAUACUCAGAAACUAAAUGA